AUGAAUAACCAAGAUGGUAUUUGGCAUGGUGGUAAAAAAUCUACAAGAACAUCUGUAAGUAAUACAGAUCUUUUGACUUCUGUCCAAAGGAGACAUUCUUCUACUCCGCCAUCAUCACCACGACGAUUUCAAGAUCUUUCUCCAUCAUCAUUGUCAAGAUAUGCCCAAGAUUGUUCAUUCUUAGAAGACACGCUGCAAAGUACAGAUUCAUCCAGACAAUCUGAUAAUAAACCGUUAAUCCGUAAUAUUUUUCAGUAUGAUAUUGAGGCAAUUAAAAGUGUUGCUCGUAAUGGAGGGAGGCAUAGAACUAUUUCUGACUCAGAAAAGGAAAAAGAAAUAGGUCAACAAAAACUCGCAGCCAAGUUGAAUGCGAGUGUGACAAAUUAUGAAUCAAAUCAAACACGAGAUAGACUUAAAUCAGAUAGUAGCCAAAAUGAGAAUACAUUCCGAGAACGGGCGCAUAGUUUUACUAACAGUGCCAUACCAACUGGUAAAGGUGCAUUAAAAUUAUACGAGGCCACUAGAGAAACCUUGAAAGAUGAUUUUAAAAACUACACCCCAAAUAGUGGCAAAUCUGUUGAACAGUUCAUAGAAGCACCAAGAACACUUGUUGUUAAGAAGGGAGAAAGCAAAGAUGGUCUUCUCAACUUUACAGCCUUUGUAUAUCUUAUACUGUGGUAUUUGUUCAGUUUUUGUACACUGUUCCUAAAUAAGUAUAUAUUAUCAGUUCUCGGUGGCGAUCCAAGUCUGUUAGGUGCUGUUCAAAUGUUAGUGACAACAUGCUGUGGAUUUUUUAAACUAUAUGUACCAUGCUGUUUUUAUCAACAUGUCAAAAGGGAAGAAAAUCCUCCGCAUUUUUUAAUGACAAUGUUCUUUCUAGGUAUAAUGAGGUUCACAACGGUAGUGCUAGGUUUAGUUAGUCUGAAGAAUAUUGCAGUGUCAUUUACAGAGACGAUAAAAAGUACAUCCCCUCUAUUUACGGUACUCAUAGCAUUCGUUGUGUUACGAGAGAAGACUGGAUUACUCGUCAAUUUAUCCCUAAUACCAGUCAUGGGUGGUCUGGCUUUAACAAGUGCAUUUGAAAUUAAUUUCAAUAUUAUUGGUUUUGCUGCAGCUAUAUCAACUAAUUUUGUUGAUUGUUUCCAAAAUGUUUUUUCCAAAAAAUUGCUGAGUGGAGAGAAAUACAAUUAUUCUGCUACAGAAUUACAGUUUUACACGAGUAUUGCUGCCAUCAUAGUUCAGCUUCCUGUAUGGGUAUUGUUUAUGGGGCUGCCAUUUGACAAGAAAUAUCCUGAUCAUGUUCUUUUAUUUGCUCUGAUAAUCGAUGGAUUAUUCUUUCAUUUACAAAGUAUAACUGCCUAUGCCUUAAUGAGAAGAAUUUCACCGGUUACACAUAGUGUUGCAAACACCGCAAAAAGGGCUUUAUUAAUCUGGCUGUCUGUGGUAGUAUUUAACAAUCCUGUGUCUUUGUUGAGUGGCCUGGGUACGGCAGUUGUGGUCGCUGGUGUGUUUCUGUACAACAGAGCAAGAGACUAUGAGCAAAGAAAGGAAAUAAAGAAAAAUGAUGUACUAAAAAUUAUUGCUGUCGAGGAAGGCCAGGAGGGUCAUCUUACGCACUAAUCAUACUAUAUUCUAAACACAGUUUUGAAACAUCAAAAGAAUCAAAAAUAUAUUUAAUUGAAUAUUUUCCUAAUUAAUGUG